AAAGCCACUGAACUGCGAUCAUUUUUCUUAUCCAUACUGAGAACAUCCGUUCGGUUGAUUUUCGCGAAUGUGUGUUUCUGAAAUAGUAGUGUUCAGUGGUGACAUAUGUGGCUAAUUUUUAAUUGAACUACAUAAUACGCUUAUCGUAAUGUGCUAACUUUUUAUUUCUGACAGCGUCCACUAUCUACUGCAAUCAUGGCAUCUAGUACACUCGAAGAAAAAAUAAAUAAAAUUAGGCAACAAAAUGAAGAAAUUAGAAGAAGACAUGAGGAAGUGGAAGAGGAUAAAAAGAAUGCAGCAAAACUAAAUGCUUUGGUGCAAAUGGUACCAUCAUCGGAUUGGCCAGAGAGAAAGGAACCACCAGAAUUUUCAAAUCCACCUAAAGCCAAACAAAAGCCAGCCAAAGAAAAACAAGAAUACAUACCACAAACUCAUCCUGUUGAAGGAAAGAGAAUACAUUCAUUUGCUCAAGGAGAAGGGCCACCACCAGACCCUAAAUACAAUUUCCUGGCAGAUUCUGAACGAGAAGAACCAGCCAUGGAGCACUCUAAAGAAACCUCUGGAAAUAGAUAUCACAAUAAAGUAAUAAGGGGCAAUUUUAAAAAGAAAACUGGUGGAAGGGAGAGCAUACAGAAAGAUAAUAAAGUAUAUAAAGGAAACUACAGGGAUGAAUCUCAACCAGGAUACGAUGCGUGGAGAGCAGAACGGAAUCGCAUCGACGAAGACCGCAUUAGCAGGCAAAGAACGGCAGAAGGCAAUUGGCGCAGAGAAUGGGAUAAUGAUAAAAUGCAUAUUAUUGACGAUGUAACGAAGAAAGCAACAAGACCUGCGUUGGCGGACUUCACAAAAAGAGAUCAUAAAGAUUCCGACAGGAGAUACUAUACCAAUAAUAAUGAAUAUGCUAAUCAUACUCGAGGUGGAGGUCGUGGUUCUCAUCGUGGUUCGUCGAAGAACUUCUGUAGUAGUUACGAGAACCGAUCUCACAAUACAUAUGAUCAACAUAGAAACAAUACAGCAAUGCCAGCAAAAAUUCCUUUAUCCCCAACUUCUGAAGGAAGAACUGUUAUCGCAACUGACAAGAGUAUCAAGGUCAUGGUUAAUCAAAGCAGUACAUCAAAAGGGCCAAUGAUGAGCGUAAAAGUGAACUCGCCGAGCAUAGUUGGAACAGGACGAGUUGGUCCACGACAGAGGUCCCGAGUUACGUACAGUAGUCAGUCAGAUGCUGAAUCACCCAUGUUCGAAGCUGAACCCUUCUUUCGUCAAAAGUCAUUUGAAGAUAAGUCGAAAGGAACUUACUUCAAUAAUCAAAAGUCUCCUAAUGUAAAAAGGUCUCAGUCAUUGAGGAAGAAGGAUAGCGAGUCAAAGUACCCGUACUACCAGGGAAAAGAUCUAAGGAAAGAAGAUAACGAUGCUAAUUCUCAGACGUACCAUGAAGGUGAGUUCAGAUCUUCCGCGCAAAAAUCUUUUUCUGCUAAAUCGCCGAAGCCUGUGAGGAGGAUCCUGCAUACAACAAAGCAGGAUUCUCCAAGCGAGAAUACCUCUAGGAAACAUGAAACUCAAGAAUGCAUGGAUCAGGAUUCAAAAAAUAAUAUUGUAACAGAGAACAAUGCGACACCACAAAUAUCUAAAUCUGUCCUGCCAUCUGAUCAGACUGAAACACUUAAUACGGAGAGCGCGGAACAGAGUGCUGAAACUAAGAUUACAAACGAAAUAACAUUGGAAAAGGAAACGGAAAAACUUUCAUUAUCUUCUUUAUCAGGUGUAGAAAAUCCUGGAGAAAUGACUGAAGAUAAUACGAAUAUAAAUAGUUUCGAAAGCAAAGCUGACUGUUCACAGUUACUUGUGAAUAACAUAAUAGAAGAUUUGCAAGAGAAUAAUACGUCUUCCGUGGCAUCGGUUUCAAGUAAUGUUGAGUCUAAAGAGGAAUUUGUGCCAAACGAAAGCAAUAAUGUCCCCAAUGAUAUCGUUAAUUUAGAAAAAGCUUCUUCGAGCAAAGACAAUCAGCAAUUAUUGGAACAAGUCAGCAAACAACUUGUGCCAAAUGAGAGCGACAAUGUCGCUGAUGAUAUCGUUAAGCUGGAAGAAGCUGAUUCAAGCAAAGAUGAUCAGCAGACAUUGGAACAAGUUAACGAAGAACUUGUGCUUAACGAAAGUAAUAACGCUUCCGAUGGUAUUGUUGAGCUAGAAAGCGCUCCUCUUAGAAACGAUAACCAACAAUCAUCAGAAGCAGUCAGCAAACAGGUUGCAAAUGACAACUGUGAUAAUAUUAAAGAUGAAGUUACUGAACAACGAAGCUCACUAACGACAAUCGAUCAAGUUGCUCCUUCGUUGGCGAUUGAAACACAUUCUGUGAUAGAGAUUAAGAAUCAAUCUGCAUGCAACGAGUCAAUAAAAGAAACACCAGUCGUGGAUGAAAGAACAGAUGAGAGCAUUGAUUGCUCUAAUAAAAAUUCAAAAGACACUGCAAACUGUAGCGAGGUAAAUCAGGAAAAUAUCACUAAUGGUGUAAGCGUGGAUGAAAAUUCGAUAAAAAAGAAUGAGAAAACGGAAGAGGUAAAAGAUGUUGAAAAACUAUAAAAUUUUGCAAUAGGAACAGUAUCAGUUAUCAAUAAUACAAUCGAAUGGAUAUUACAUUAAUGCUUUUUGAUAUCAAAAAUAUUUUCAUGUAAUGUUGAAAAUGUUCUCUUGAUAUAUAAUCUGAAAUAGAUUUUACGAGAACGAUGACUAUCGUUACAUUUCCUUUUAAUUGCUAGAAAUUAGAUUAUUACUUUUGAGUGUUGUACUCCGUUCAAAAGUAAUCUUCAAGAGAAUAAACAAAAUAUUAUUUAAUUUAUUAAUUCACAGAUGUUAAUGAGAAUUAAGUUUAUUGUUGCAUUAGUUAAGAUUAUUAAAAGAUAUUUUAGAUACUUUUAAUAUGACGCUUUCGAAAUCAAUUACUAAUUAAGUGACACUAAUGGCGCACAAUGAUAUUGAUGUUACUUCUGUAAUUCUUUAUGAUUUAAAAUCAGUGAUUUUUCUGCGUUAAUGUUACAGAAAUUUUUAGUUUACACAUGUUGGAAAGAAUGUAUUAGUUUUGUUGAAGAUUUCAAUCAUAAUUUCGAUUACCGUGGACGGGUAACUCAAGAACAAUCGUUGCGUAUAAUUAAUUUUAAACAAAGAGCAAUGUUACGAUACUUUAUAGUCUAUACAUACAUAUAUACGUAUAUGUAUAAUAUACAUACUCAUAUUUAUUUACGUCUUUUGACUAAAAGAUUAUUUAUUCUAUGUUUCAUAUUUUUUAUUAUAUAGUACUUUUGUUAAUUUCUUCCUUCAUAUUUUCAUUGUUUUUACUAUACGACGUAACAAUCAGUUGAUACAGGUUUAUAGAUUUCUUUAUUCUUUUUGUUUGGGUGCCAUUUAUCACCUUAAAAUUGUUCCUCAAACGCUUCUCUGCUAUAAUCUUCGAUAAGAUUAUCAAAUUCUGUUACCAAAAGUGGUGGUGCGUAAUCCAAAGCCUCCAUCAAGUUUGUUAUUCUCAACCACAAUUUUAUAUUUUUAAGAUUAUUCUGAUACACGAAAAAUUGAGCAAAUAAAAAUUGUUAAUAAAGA